CCCUCGUCACCAAGUGGUGUAUAAAUCCCCUUCUCCAGCGUAUCCCCCAUCACGGGAGACCCUGGUACUUUGGCCCCCUGGGCGGGAGCUGCAGCCUCCGGCCUUCGGAUCGCGGGGACUUUGCGCUCCCUCCUGGACCCCUCGCUCUCGGCCCCACUCAUUCUCCAGAGGGGUCUCUGGACGUUUCCGACCGGCCCCUUCCCUUCACCUCUCGCUCCCGUACCAGGAUGUCGGAAAAACGCGUGGAGGAGGCGCCGGCGGAGCUGAGCGCCAAGGAAAUGAAAGAAAAGAAGGAAAAGCUAGAAGAGAAAACAGUCCACAAAGAAAAGAAGAAGGAGAUAGUAGAGGAUGAGGAAAAUGGAGCUGAAGAGGAUGAGGAAGAGAAUCCUGAGGAUGUGGAUGAAGAUGAAGGUGGUGAUGAGGAUGAAGGUGGGAAUGAUCAGCUUGGGGGAAAUGAUGGAGAUGAGAAUGGACAAGAGCAGGAUGGACAUGCAGAAAAACGAUCUGCAGAGGAGGAAGAGGAUGAAGUGGAUCCAAAGAGACAGAAGACAGAAAACGGAUCUUCAGCUUGAGUCCUCUCUUCUUAUCUUUUCUGUUCC